AUGAAGUUGCCAACCGGUGGUCCGAGGACUACAGGUAGUCCGCAAGGACGCGGCGAGAUCAUCCUCAUCAAAAGUGUGAUCAAGGAGGACACUGAGGGGAAUCUCUCAUGCAAAGUGAAUUCAUUCUUGAAUGUCAACGAGAACUGUCCGUACAAAAAUGAUUCAUCGAUUGAGUUUAGACGAAAGGAAACGAUGGAAAUGAGAUGUCGGAUCAGUUGCCGCAAGUCGGUACCCUUUGGCUGCUUGUCAAUCAUUGCGCCAUACAGUAAUUGUCGCCGUCAUUGUACAAAUGUGGGUGUGUGUGUGUGGAUGUAUGUGUGGGUGGACACGGGUGUGCAUAUGGACGAUAUUGCCUUGAUUGAUGGUUUUCACAUUGUUGCUGUAAGUGUUGCUACGCAUCCUCGCGCACAAUCCGUCAAAUUCUUCUUUCCCCUCUCCCCUCCUCCUCUUCCGUCAAUUUAA